AUGAAAUUCCUUGACCGUUUAAAAGCUGCUGUGGAUGCAUCGCCCACCUUAACUCCUGAAGCAAAAGCUGCAGUCGGAAAGGACUUAGCCAUUCAAAAUGCAAAUACAAAAUGCAGACAAAUCAUUGCAUCGCUUCCGCAUACAGCUACAUUAGUGGAUAUCAUCGAGGCUUGUAAUCUCUUACCUCUAAUACAAGAACAAGAGAAAGCUAAAAUACAUGCUGAAGCUCACACUGCAGCGCUCGCUGUAGCAUUACGACCGAUGGUGCAACAGGGAAAAGGAGACCGCAGCCCACACAAAGGCCCUUUAGUGUGUUAUCGGUGUGGUCAACCGGGGCAUUUGAAAUGUACAUGCCCUCAUCGCAUAGCAAGGCAGCCUCGACCUAUGCCAGCACCAACUAACGGCAGUCAGUCAAACUUUUCUGGGGUCUGUAACAAGUGCGACAAGUUCGGACACAAAGCCAGCGACUGUCGAUCAAGGUUUAAAAAAGACGGAAUGCCGUUAACACUCAACAAUCAGGGAAACGGAAUGAUGAGCACCAGGAUGAGGGGGCGCCAAGAUAUCAAGUGCCUCUCAAACAGGGGUGACGGCGUGCCCGGCUGUCUUUCAAGGCUCAGGGCAGCCACAAAAGGAAGUGCAGGAGUUGACCUGGCCGUAGCCGCUGACACCACAAUAACUGAUGAUAAAGUUCAUGUUGUUCCAUCGAAUGCUACCGGGCCUUUAGGUCUUGGACUAGGUGCAUUGCUUUUAGGAUGCUCUUCUGUUUCUAAACAAGGAAUAUUUGUUUUACCUGGAGUUAUCAAUGCUGAUUUCACGGGAAACAUUUCAAUCAUGGUGAAAGUAUUUGUUCCUCCUGUGACAAUUAUGGCUGGAACCCGGAUUGCUCAACUGGUACCCUUCAAGGCUAGCGUCCCCUGUGUCGGAGACAUUGAACGAGGGGACAGAGGAUUCGGAUCUACUGACACACCUUUAGUGGCUUUCACAGAAAUAAUUGGAUCUUCCAAACCCAUUCGUCAUUUUAAUUUAUGUGGGCCUUUGGGAAAAUCUCUGCUACAUAAACGUAUGCUCCUUGACACAGGGUCUGAUGUGACCAUAAUUCCAAAGGAAGAAUGGUUCAGGGACUGGGAAUUACAAAAUAUCGACACUGUGGUAACCGGUAUUGGAGGCCAGAAAUCCACACAAAUCAGCGUGAAUUUCAUAACGAUUGAAGACUGCAAAGACAAAAGGACAGCACAUAUUGUCCACGCAUUUUUAGCAGCGGCCAUUGACAAGCGACCAACCCUGAAACUGCAAUGGUUAACGGACAGCCCCGUUUGGGUUGAUCAAUGGCUGCUUCCAAUGGAAAAGGUCGCUGCUUUGGAGCAACUCGUGGCUGAACAAGUGGAAGCAGGGCAUUUGGUUCCUCCUACAAGCCCAUGGAACACUCCUGUAUUUACCAUUUUGAAAAAAUCUGGAAAAUGGCGUUUACUGCAAGAUUUGCGUGCAGUGAAUAAAGUAAUGCAAGAUAUGGGAUCCUUACAGCCUGGUAUUCCAACCGCUACUAUACUCCCCAGAGACUGGCCUUUGAUUGUUGUUGACCUUAAAGACUGUUUCUUUACAAUUCCUUUGCAUCCAGAUGACUGUGAGAAAUUUGCUUUUACCAUUCCAACAAUAAAUCGACAUGGGCCGGCUAAAAGGUAUCACUGGGUCGUUUUACCACAAGGCAUGAAAAAUUCACCGACUAUAUGUCAAUGGUUUGUUGACAUCGCCCUCGAACCAUUUCGCAAAAAAUGGAAAGAGGCUCUGAUUUAUCAUUACAUGGAUGACCUGCUGGUCUGUGCACAACAACUUUUAUAUGAACAGGUAUUAUUUGACCUUAAAUUAUACCUUGGGGCGUUUGGUAUAGUCAUAGCCCCAGAAAAAGUUCAGCUAAUGGCACCCUGGAAAUAUCUGCGUUUGCAAGUUGCGGAAGCCUCUGUAUGUCCACAAAAGCUGUCACUACACAAAGACAUACGAAAUAUACAUGAUGUACAAAAACUUGUCGGAGACCUACAGUGGAUUCGACCUUAUUGUGGUAUUACAAAUACAGACUUACAGCCGCUGCUGGAUUUAUUGCGGGGCAGCGAGAGCUUAACUUCUACAAGACAACUAAGUGCAUCAGGGCGGCAAGCCUUGACAGCAAUUGAGCAAAAAAUCACAUCAUCCAUGUCUGGCAGAUACGUCCCUGAUUUGCCUAUAAAUUUAUAUGUAUAUAACUCAGAUAAGGAAGUUGCGGGAAUUUGGGGUCAGUGGGAUGAGCGACAGGAACGAAACCCAUUGAUAAUAAUAGAAUGGAUAUUCUUGCCUGCUAGCAUGUCAAAAACGGUAGUCACUAGAAUUGAAGCCCUGGGAAUGUGCAUUCAAAAAGCAGGGGCAAGGGCAAUACAAAUUUCAGGGAAGCAAAUGGACAAAAUUAUUUUGCCUAUGAUGUCGCUUGAUAUUGUGAAUAAUGCCAUGAUGAAAAAUGACUGCCUUGCAGUAGCUCUGAUGGGUUUUAAGGGGGAAGUGGAUAAUCACUACCCCCCUCACCCAUUGUUUAAAACAAUGUUAACAAUGGAACCACGCUCUAUUUGCAGUGAAAGCCCGCUGGAGGCGAUUACUGUUUUUACUGAUGCUAGCAGCAGAACGGGUAAAGCGGGAUUUGUAUAUCUUCAGGAUGGAUCCUGGAAAUCCGAAGUCGUUCUGUCAGAGGGGUCAGUACAGGUGCUUGAGCUAUUAGCCGUAUGCUCUGUUUUCAAAAAAUGGGAUAAAACACCUGUCAACAUUGUUUCGGAUUCUCAAUAUGUCGUUGGGAUAGUCAAACAUAUGCAUAGAUCCUUGCUAAAAACUGUAACAAACAGCCCCAUUGGAUACCGGCGAAAUGGGUCAAGCCAUGGAUUGAGCAAUCAGAUGUCACAAACAACUCAGAAGAUCGAGAACAAGAGGCAGUGGAGACUUCAGCAGGUCCUGAAGCCCUAG